AUGAGCGACGACGAGGAGGGCGAUUAUAACACUAUAACACACAGCGAAACAGGACGAGGUGUCAAGCUCCUUUAUUCAAAGAGCAAGGUAUACAUCCAUCCCACGCCUUCCGCAAAGGAUAACAUACCCGGAUACAUCGCUUUGUGGCAACAGAAAGGCCCCCAUGGCGAGCGGCCGACUUCUUCAGACUCCAAGGAGUCCCCGGCCUCGUCAGAUCUCCUCUUGGGCUGGGUUCCAGAGUCCCAACUGGGAGAUUCUGCUAGCUUAUACGUGAAGGUUGACCUAUGUGAAGGGGAUUCUCCUCCCAAGCAGUCAUAUCUGGUUCCACCUCCACCGACUGUCACAACUCAUAAGGGAUCUGUCGGUCACUAUGCUUUCGCCAUUCCCGUCAGUGCCAUAUACUCCCUCUUAGUCCGGCCGCCGAGCCUGGGCUGGUGGUUCGGAUCACUCAUCAUCAACUCUCGGGCUGGCGACAGUUUCCCGGCGUUGUUCUUCCACGACAGCGAGUGCCAGUCAACUAUCCUCCAGAAGAAGAAACGAGCCAGGGACAGCUUCGACCCGUUUGGUGAGGGGGGCGAGAUGUUUUGGGGUGGUGAUGAGGUUCUUAGAUGGCUCAAGCGAUACAUCAAGAUCGAGCGCAGCGGUGCGGAGCCUAACAUCUAUUUGGUCGAGCCGACUACAGAAGACAGCGAGGCAUUUAGUGACAGGCCGACUACCAGCACUGCAUCGUCUAUUGGCCGACAGGAUGGUGGUGCAGCCCGGAGAGGGGGAAGGGGCGGCUCUAGAGCUGGUCCCAGUGGCUCAAGAGACGCAGGGAUGGACCCGUUCAUGAAAUUUGUCAAGGAAACUGGGUGGAAUAUCAUGGAGAAAUUCAGCAAGGUCACAACCUUCACAAGACAGGCUGCUCAAGAUGUUAUAGACAACCCGAGAAUGCCUCCGCAAAUGAGAAGGUUGCUUCGGAAUCCAGAGGUUCAGACCUUGCAGGAAGAGUUCGACAGCGCUCGGCUUUAUCUCGCGAGAUGGGCUAUGGGGAUUGCGGAACAAAGCGAGAGGGAUCGAAGCCAACGAAUAUGGACCGCGAGAGACGUCAUGGAGCUCGAGGAUACGGACGUAGGGGAGUUCGAGCUACUAGAGGGAAGCAGCAGCAUGUCGUUGGAGGAUUUGAGGAAACCAGUUACUCUUAAGGAGUGGAACGGAUUCUUUGAUCCUCGCACUGGACGACUGAACAUUACUGUUGAUGAAGUAAAGGAGCGAAUCUUCCACGGUGGGCUUGACCCUGAUGAUGGAGUGCGAAAAGAAGCAUGGCUAUUCCUGCUCGGCAUCUACGACUGGUAUAGUACUGCACCUGAGAGGAAGGCUCAGCUGGCGUCUUUGAGAGACGAAUAUGUCAAGUUGAAGGCAGCCUGGUGGGAACGGUUAAUUGAUCUUGGUGGCCAAGAAAAAGACGUUCACCGGACAGACCGAAAUGUGCCGAUCUUUGCAGGAGAAAACAUCCCCCAUCCUGAUCCAGAUUCACCUUUCGCGGAGACCGGCACGAAUGUCCACAUGGAGCAGAUGAAGGACCUUCUUUUAACAUACAACGAGUACAACAAGGAGCUUGGAUACGUCCAGGGAAUGUCGGACCUACUCGCCCCUAUAUAUGCUGUCAUCCAAGAUGAUGCUAUCGCCUUUUGGGCUUUUCAACACUUUAUGGAUCGCAUGGAAAGGAAUUUUCUACGAGAUCAAUCGGGAAUGAGGAAACAGCUCACAACUCUGGACCACCUCGUGCAAUUCAUGGACCCUAAGCUUUACGCGCAUCUGCAAUCUGCGGACAGCACGAAUUUCUUUUUCUUCUUCCGGAUGUUGUUGGUAUGGUACAAGCGAGAGUUCCCAUGGAUGGAUGUAUUACAUUUAUGGGAAGUGCUUUGGACAGAUUACUUGACCAGCAGCUUCCAUCUUUUCAUUGCUCUGGCUAUUUUGGAAAAGCACAGAGAUGUCAUCAUGAACCACCUGCAACACUUCGACGAGGUCCUGAAAUACGUCAAUGAGCUUUCUGGAAGCAUUGAUCUUGAUUCGACCUUGAUCCGGGCUGAGUCUCUAUUCCGUCGGUUUAGGAGACUGAUCGAGACCAUUGAUAAGAAACCCAACUUUCCCGCACCUCGUGCCCGCCCGAGCUUAGGCUCUCCUUCAACCUCGUCCGAGGCGGCGAAUGCUCCGCAACCACCAGCCAAUGGCUCGCCCCGACGCGAUACAGGAAAGGCUCCAGAACAGAAGAAGGAGGUGGAGAAGGUGAUCACACCCGAGCUGCGAAGCCUAUUGAGUCGAGAGGUUGAAGUGCUACCGAGGAAAGAGGUCGCCGGUAAGGGCGAGGGCCUCUUCUCGGACAACAGAAAAUGA